CGUGACUCCAAGCACAAGAGACCCAGCGAGCAGUAAACUUAGGAAUGGCUCCCUGGGCUAAAGGGGUCAUUACCACCCCGUCCCUUCAUUAUAUUUUCAUUAUGGGGGAAAUGUAAGUCGGCAUCUUUGGAAAUGGUCAAAAGCUGGAGCGUCCUCUCCAUUUUGGUGGCUUUGGCAGCUGUUCUCUUUACAUUCUUUCCUUCUUUGCGUUCAGCUCUGCCAUUCCUAGGUCCGCAAGAGAUCUCUGAGGAGCAGCGGCGCAUCGAAGCACUUGCUUCAGCGCAGAACUAUACAUAUACCACUGUCCUCGAUGAUCCUCCGCUAAUUUACAUUGACGAUUUUCUCUCGGCGGCAGAGAUCGACGAGAUUUUGAAUGUUAGCUCGCCCCUGUUCGUUCCUUCACAGGUGUACAGCCCAGAUGAUACGGCUCCGAAGCACCGGACCUCCUCUUCCUGCCUUCUUCCUGCCGAGAAUCCUUUGGCAUCCGUGGUCUCUGCCCGAGCCCUGCAAUUUUUGGCCAACAUAGCCAAUACCGGUCCUCCGCAUGCUCCUCGCAUGUCUGAACCUCUGUCAUACUAUGGCCUUGAGAAGAUACAACUGGUGAAAUAUCUCCCCAGCGAGUAUUACCACCAUCACAUGGACUGGUUCGACACCCUAAUCCGGGACGAUCUUCCAGGCAAGGGUGAAGCAGGAAGAGGCCGUGGUCGUUACUAUAACCGUGUUGCAAGUUUCUUUAUAUACCUUCAAGAUGACUGUCGUGGUGGAGAAACAGAGUUUCCAGAUUUAGACUUUGCAGUUGUAUCGGCGGCUGAACAAGACAGACUAAAGUCGGAAGAAUUUUGGAAUCAAAGGAUUGAUUUCUCGAACAAGCCCAACAAGCAUGAGACAACGGAAGACAAAAGUGCAUCAGGUAUAUCAUUCAAGCCCAGGAAAGGCUCUGGUGUUUUCUGGGUCAAUUUGUUGCCCAUCGGCUACGGCGACGAGCGGGUUAGACAUGCUGGACUUCCUGUUGAGCAGGGCCAGAAGGUGGGCAUGAAUAUAUGGGUCAAGAGAGACUUUGGUUGGUAGAUCACAUAACAAUUGACGAUCAACAGUAUCACGGCGAUUCUUCUCCUCCGUUCUGUCACGGGAGUCGCGAGAACCUCAUGGAGAUCUAGCCGUAGCCAUCCACAGGAAGAACAGGGUAGAUGGGCUCAUGAAGCGAGGCGCUUCCAGGAUAACUUGCAUUGACUCGGUCCAAAGGUCGAAAAUAUACGGUAAAGCAGGGGGCCAAACAUGACGGCCUCGUUGCACCAAGAUCUUCCCUGCACAAAUCAUCC